CUCUCUCUCUCACCCCAUUUGCCUGUCUGUCAGAACAGCAUUGGUGUGUGAGGCUGAGCUCCUCCAUCUCCAUCCAAUCACACCAGUCUCUCUGUCUCAUCUCCGUAUUGUGUCUCCACGCUUUUGCGGAAUUCUUUCUCACCAUCACCACUACCACUACCUCUACCACCACCUCAGAGAUGAGCUGGAAGUUAGAAACCAUCUCACCGACCCAGUUUUGACGAGCCCCUUAUCAGUUUUUACUUUGUCUCCUGGGGUCUCAAGGAGCUCUUUUUUCCCGAGCCUCCUUUAAUCAGCUUCUUGCUUUUAUUUUUAUUUGUUUCUGGCAUCUCUGUUCUUGCAGCUUAUUCUUCAUCCUUUUCUUUGGUUCUUUUUUUUUUUUUUUUGUUUGAUAUAUAGAAAACGAACGGGCUUUUUUUUUUUAAAAAGAGUUGACUGCACUCUUUCGUUUCAAUUUUUUUGGCAUUCAGGGCCUCCGAUUGGUGGUGUGGUUGUGACUCUUGCUUGAGGUUGCUUUCAGGGUCUCUUGGAGCAAGAUUUGGUGGCAGUUGCCGAGACUUUUAUCAAGGCCCAAUUUUUUCCUUGGAUUCGACAGCCAUUGCAAGGCACCUGCAGCGUACGAGGUGGAUCUAAAGGUGAUCUGGACCCGAGUCUCUGCGAUAUCAGGACUAUGGCGACGGAGAGGGGAUGGUGGGUUUCACCGGUGGUGGGGGUGAUUUGUUGGCUGUGCCUGGUGGUAUCUGUGAGUGGGAUCGGUGCGAACUGGGGAAUGCAGACGAGCCACCCGCUGCCAGCUUCCGUGGUGGUGCGGAUGCUGAGGGAGAAUGGGUUCCAGAAGGUGAAGCUGUUUGAUGCGGAGGACGGGACGAUGAAUGCCCUCAAGAAGAGCGGCCUCGAGGUGAUGGUCGGCAUCCCCAACGACAUGCUGGCAACGCUGGCGACGAGCGUCAAGGCCGCGGAGCAGUGGGUCAAGGCAAAUGUCUCCGACUACAUCAACGGUGGAGUUAAUAUCAGGUAUGUUGCUGUUGGAAAUGAACCUUUCCUGGAGACAUAUAAUGGGAGUUUUCUGCAAUCAACCUUUCCAGCCCUCCAAAAUAUUCAAGGUGCCCUCAUUAAAGCUGGUCUGAGCAGCCAAGUCAAAGUCACUGUUCCCCUUAAUGCUGAUGUCUACCAAUCAUCGAGUGGCCGGCCUUCUGAUGGGGACUUCCGCUCUGACAUCCGCGACCUCAUGCUUGCUAUCGUCAAGUUCCUCAGCGACAAUGCUGCUCCCUUCACUGUAAACAUCUACCCUUUCAUCAGCCUCUACAGUGACCCCAACUUUCCUGUGGAAUAUGCCUUCUUUGGAGGAUCUUCGUCUCCUGUUGUUGAUGCUUCAGCAACCUAUGACAACAUGUUUGAUGCAAAUCAUGAUACUCUUAUAUGGGCCUUGAAGAAGAAUGGCUUCGGAAAUCUCCCAGUCAUUGUUGGUGAAAUUGGAUGGCCCACAGAUGGGGACAUGAAUGCAAAUAUUCAGUAUGCUCAAAGAUUCAAUCAGGGUUUCAUGACCCACAUUGCAACGGGGCAGGGCACACCAAUGAGACCAGGACCCAUUGAUGCAUACCUAUUUAGUUUGAUCGAUGAGGAUGAAAAGAGCAUCCAGCCAGGAAAUUUCGAGCGGCACUGGGGUAUCUUUACCUAUGACGGUUUGCCCAAGUAUCAACUUAAUCUUGGGACGUCGAACUCAGGUGGUUUAGUAAGGGCCAAGAAUGUCAACUAUCUGGACAAGAAGUGGUGUGUCUUGAAGCCUUCAGUGAAUCUUGAUGAUUCGAGGGUUGCUCCCAGCGUGAGCUACGCGUGUGCGAAUGCAGACUGCACCAGCCUUGGAUAUAAGACUUCAUGUGGUGAUAUGGAUACCCGAGGGAACAUUUCAUAUGCAUUCAACAGUUAUUACCAGAAGAACGAUCAGGAUGAUGUGGCUUGUGGAUUUUCAAACUUAGCAACCAUCACAAACAAGGACCCAUCGACUGGGAGUUGUAGGUUUGAGAUCAUGAUUGAGGCUGAUUCUGGAAUCUCAUGUACUUUUUGGCAAAUCAGAGACCAGGGAGUGAAUCUGCUGCUGUUUGUACUUGUUCAACUAUUUUUGACAUUGCUGUGACAUUCUGACAUUUUCAACGUAAGAUUCUAGUGAAUUUCAAGCCAAUACUUGCUUCA